ACGUAAGCGAAACCCGGAAGUCAGUCGUGGGGCGAAGGGGGAACUGGUGCUCUCUGUCCGAACGUGUUGUUUUGAUUUUGUUUCUCGACAAGAUCGAACAUGUCACGGAAAGAAGAAUUUUACCGGUUCUUUAGCGUCACUGACGUACGCACGCACGAGAAAGGACACACGGAGUACAAAGUUAUUGGACGGUUUGUGCCCAAGCCUUGCCCGGAGGAUGUGAAGGAGGUGGUCGUGUGGACGAGAUACUCUGAGCUGAAGAAGCUUCACACCGAGCUGGCCAACACUCACAAGAACCUGUUCCGAAGAGACGAGGAAUUCCCGCCGUUUCCACCAGCGCAAAUCUUUGGCAGAGGAAGGUUCGAUGAGGCUGUGAUUGAGGAGAGGAGGAAGGCUGCGGAAGACAUGCUCGUGUUCUCUAUGAGCAUACCUGCACUCUACAACAGCCCACAGCUCCGAGACUUCUUCAGGGAUGGAGAUGUCACGAGACCACAUGAGCCCUUCCCUGACUUACCUCCUCCUCUCAUCCCCCUCCCCAAGCGGAGAGCCUCAGACUGCGAGCCGGCAGAGGAGGAGGCGGGCAGGGAGGCGCCCCCUUUGCCCCAGGACCUGGGCACCAACCUGGGGAUUGACGUGGGAAAGCCAGAAUUGGCGACCGAGGCCUACACCGAGAUGAGUGAAGCGGGAGGAGACAUCUGUGUGGAUGCCGAGCUGGAUGACAGAGUGACUUCUCCAGCCAGAACGCACACAUCACAACUCUCUCAGGAGGAGGUAGAGUCACUUUCUGACACAGUGGCGGAAGGGUGCACCUUGCCACCAAAUGCGGAUGUAUGUCCGGUGCUGUCUGACAAUGACCUGGCUGUCUUUGAUCCCUGUUAUAAACAAGACAGAUGCAAACCUCGCAGUGACCAUUCCGAGUUAUUUUUGUUGCCGAUAAGCAACCUGGCAGACGAGGCGACGUAUUUGAACCGAGCUAGCGCUGAGCUGACGUGUGCCAUUUCGAGGGAGGCGGAGGGAGAUGCGAGCGCUGCCCUUUCUGGAUACAGGACUGUGGUAGACAUACUCAUGACUGGAGUGAAGGACGAUCCAGAUCCAGCGCGAAAGGAGGCUGUCGUCCGAAGGAUUGCUCAGUAUCUGGAACACGCGGAGAAGCUGCUGGAAGGACGCACCUCGCCCACACAUGCGCAGGACCCGUAAGGACCAAACAUUGGAGAAAAAAAAAUAAACAUGCAAUAAGAAUCUCCAGAUUCUCAGGACUGUCACUUUAAAACACUAGCAUAGGUGGCCACUGGCUCAUUUGGACCAAAAUGUAUAAAAAUAUAAACACUCGCAAUGGGCACACGGACUCCUUUUCCCAUGUUUUCUUGUUGACUAUGUGUAUGAAGUCAUUUGCACUGUUUUCAUAAUAAAUACUGUUUGAAAUUG